UAAUACCAUCAUUCUCUGUAGGUUUGGCGAGAAUUUCCUGACCGCAUUGUUGGAUUUCCUCCUCGGAAUGUCCUGUGGAACAACGACACACACAGCUGGAAGUAUGAUUCAGAGUGGACAAAUGAGGUAUCAAUGGUGUUAACUGGUGUGGCGUUCUACCACAAGUAUUGGUCGUACGUAUACACUACACAGCUUCCUGGCAACAUCAAGCAGUGGGUGGACACCAACAUGAACUGUGAAGACAUUGCUAUGAAUUUCCUUGUGGCAAACAUGACAGGAAAGGCACCCAUAAAGGUCACACCGAGAAAGAAGUUCAAGUGCGGCGAGUGUACAAGUGGUGACCUGUCUGCCAACGAGGCUCACAUGGUGGAGCGCUCACAGUGCGUCAGUCACUUCACCGAGGUCUUUGGUACCAUGCCACUAAAGACUGUAGAGUUCAGGGCUGACCCUGUUCUCUUUAUGGAUAACUUCCCUGAAAAACUGAAGUUGUAUGACAACAUGGGCAGUUUGUGAGUCACUUUUGUGUCAACAUGGGCAGUUUGUGAGUAACUUUGUGUCAACAUGGACAGUUUGUGAGUCACUUUGUGUCAACUUUAACAGUUUCUGAGUCACUUUUUUUACAGCAGGAGCUGUUUGUGAGUUGAACAACAACAUCUGUUGCAUGAGUUGCAACUUUUGUAAAUUUCUUUGAGUAUAGGCAGUUUGUGACUUACCGUUUCAUUAAAAUUUAACUGAGGAUGACAAAUUUACCCAAAUGAAGCAUCAGCAAAGGUAAUGAAUGUACCGGAUCUCCCAGAUCUCACUUUCUUAUCGUGCAUAAAGUUAUGAAUUUGUAUGACUUAGUAUGGUAGGUAGUGACUACCUUCUGGGCUGAGCACAUCCAUAUAAUAAUAAUAAUACAGGUUGGCCAUCACUACUCCGGUAAUCAGUUAUCCGGUUCCAUCAAUAAUCCGGCACUAAUUUUGGCUAGCAUAAUUUCAAAUUUCAUCAUUAUACUGACUCAGAAAUUGUGGAGAAGGUUUAACCCUUCAAAGUCCAGAGGCCAAAUUUCAAAGGGUGCACCAGUGUCCAAGAAUUUAAAAAAAAAAAUGCAUUAUUUUUUCUUAUGAAAUGGUAGAGAAUCUUUUUCUGAAGGUAAUAAAACAAUAAGUACGAAAUUUGAUGGAAAAUUGACGAAAUUAUGCUCUCGCGAAUUUUGAUGUGUCAGCGAUAUUUACGAAUUGGCGAUUUUGCCGACUUUGACUCCCAUUUUAGGCCAAUUACAUUAUUCCAGUCGACCAAAUUCUUAGCUAAUUCACUAGUAUUACUUCUAUUCUAUCAAUUGAGCACAAGAAAUCGCCCAAUGAACUGUUUCAACUACAAAAUAAAGUGAUCGGAAAUUGGUAAUUUGGCCAAUUUAACACAAAGUUCAAAAUAGGGUCCAGAAUAAACAAUGCAGGCAUUUCUGGCACUAAACUAACAUUUCCUCUGCUCAUUAGUUAUGUUUUCAGGCUUUACAAAUGAAUUCCAUUUUGAUUUUUUAUUCACAAUGAAUAUUCAAACCAAGAAAUAGAAGAUUUACUGUUAUGCAAUAUUGUAAUAAUUGUAUGAAUAUCAUCAUCACAUUUGUGAAUGUAUAUUAGACCCACCAGCUGGUGUGUAUUAGACGUAUGAGGUCGUUUGUUUACUCUUGAACAUUGGUAAAAAUUUAACAUUUCUGCUACUUUGAGCUCAGUUUCAAGCCAUUUCCAGUACUAAAACCAAUCAAAAUCAUCUCCAUUUCUGUAAUAUGUCUUUCAUUCCAUCAAAUGAGACCAAGAAAUCGUAAAUACAACUAUAAAAAACAUACGAAAAAACACUGCAAAGUUGCUGUUUUAAUCAAAAAUCACGGUCUCAGUUUUUUCUCUCAUUAUAUACUGUGUGCUGCAGGAUUUGUUUUAUGUGGUGCACACAUACCACAUAGAUGUAUUCUCUCAUAUCUAGGCCCAAAUUUACCACUCACAGCUUAGAGUGAGCUGAGCUCAUGGCGUAGAUCUACGGUUUGGACGUAAAGCUGUAGAUCUACAUGACGGACCCUGAAAGGGUUAAAUCCACAGCAGCAAACCAGUGGAGGAGAAAGCAGUGAUGAAAAUGAGGAAGAUGUAGCAGAAAGAGUCUGUUGAUAAGUUAAUUAAGUGUAUUCUAA